AUGGCCGACCCGAUGGACGAUUCCGACCUCUUCUUCUCGUCGCCCUCAAAGACCACCGAUACCCCGCAACGCGAACGGCCCAAGACCCCAUCCAAUAAGAAUGCCCUCUUCGACGCUGAAGAAGUCAGGGAGGCCGCUCUGAAAAGGGAGCUCGAGGGCGUGCGCAACAUCAAUGAGGUCAUCGAGGGGGUCAUUGGCACUCUGGAGCGCGCAAAGGGCAACAUGGGUACCGUGUCGCAAACCGUGACCAAUGCCUCGACUCUGCUCAAUACCUGGGCGCGCAUCCUGUCCCAGACCGAACACAGCCAGCGCCUGAUUCUGGACCCCAACUGGAAAGGCGCGACCCAGGAUCUACAGGACAUUGAGGCCGAGGCGCUCCAGCAACAGAUGCUGGCGGAGCGCCGGGCUGCUGAGGAGGAACGCAGGCGGGAGGAACGCCAGCGGAAGCUGGAGGAGGAAGAGCGUCAGAGACAAGCAGGCACGUCGACACGUGGGACGACAACUCGAGGCACCAGGGGGCGUGGACGGGGGUUUGCUAGGGGCAGCGCCGGCUCGAGCUUUGUCAGCGAUACCAGCAACACGUCUGGCCUACAGCGUACGAGAAGUGUCGGGUCGGGCAUAGGCCGCGGGUCUGGAAGCACAAGAGGCAGAGGAAGAGGUGUCAGAUGA